AUGUUCAAUAUCCUUCGUACAACUUCCUACAAGAGGAGCAAUCACUUUUUUAACAGCCGCUUCAGCAGAGUACACUCGGCCUUUUCCACGUCAGCAAAGAUGCCCAUCACCGAACUCGUCUUCAUUCGCCCCAAGCCAGACGCUCAGUUGCGAAAGGAGCUUGACGCCAAGCUGCCUGGUGUACUGAGUAGUGUCUUCUCCAAGAUCCCAAAACUUGAUGUUUUGUAUAUUGGAUCCAAGCUUGAUGGUACAUGCGAGGAUACACAUCAACAGGACGAAAUGUGCCUCUUUCUGCAAUGGCAACAUAUCUCGGGAUUCGAUUCCUUCAUUGGGUCACCCGAAUUUACCACGUUCAAAAAAUCCAUGUUGCCGUACUUGGCAGGUCCUGCUGAUAUUCAAUUGUAUGAGUCACCCGAGGACGGGCUGAUUCGCACAACGGAGAAUCCCUUGUAUCUUCACGUUCUGAAGUCAAAUCCCAAUGUUGGUGACACUGAGACUAGCUCACAGCAACGAACCGCUAUCAAUAAUGAGUGGCAAGCUUUUAUUGAGCGGUUCAGACUGGCCUCGGGAUCCAAUGGCAGUUUAGAUUUCUCCUUGAAUGGCUUUGGCUUACGCAAAGACAAUGGGGCUUUCCUCAGCAUAGCCGGUUGGAGAGAUCAUAAGUUGAUUAACUUGGCUCUGAACGAUUUGGACGUAAAGAAUAGUCUCCGAAGACUGCAAGACGUGGCAGAGAAGAGUACUUGGGAUCACUUCAUCUUUAAAACGCAACAAGUUGCUUUGGAUAAAUAG